AUGUGCACGAACGUUGCAGCUGCCGCAGCGAGUAGCAGCAGCAAUAAAAACAAAAAUGAAAAAUCUGAUAGCAGUAGAAGUUACAAUAAUAGCAACCACUAUGUUAGCAGCGGUAGUCGACGUAACAGCGUAGCAACCACAAUCGCCGCCAGCUUAGCUGUAAUCACUUAUUUUGGCCAUCCGGGCGCCACGCAAAGUUUUGCCGCCACGUCGACGACGAAUGCGGCACCAACGCAAGGUGAAGCCAAUACGGGCAGCUUUGCAACGACGGCAACAACAACGGUGGCAGCUACAGCAGAAGCAAAUGCAUCCGCUUAUACGGUCCACGCUGCAAGCUUGAGUACAACUUCCAAUGCAACAACGACUGCAACCACCUCCGCCAGCGUGGGCGCAUCCUCGACGACUGUCAAGCGAAAUGCGAAAUAUUUCAGCGACAAUGGUUAUGCAGCUGCAGCUACAACAGCAUCAAGUGCAACUGUAACAGCAAGUGCCUUGGCCACCAGCAUCAGCCAAACGGAAGCGACUUUCAGCGCGUUGAUGCUCAAUGACACACACAUAGAUAACUACAAUGGCAGCUAUGGCAUUGGCAGCAUUUAUGGUAGUGAUACCACUUUCAAUAAUAAUAGCACCAACAACAACAACAACAUUAACUUCACUGCACUCAACAUCACCGAUAUCGUUUUGCAAAACAACAGAGAUAAGUGGUUGAGUUUGUCGAUAUUCAUCGUGAAAGGUUUCAUAUUUGCAAUGAUUAUCUCGGCAGCGGUGUUGGGCAAUGCGUUGGUAAUCAUUUCGGUGCGGCGCAAUCGGAAAUUACGUGUUAUCACAAAUUAUUUCGUCGUCUCGCUGGCCAUGGCGGACAUGUUGGUAGCGUUGUGUGCGAUGACAUUUAAUGCGACGGUAGAGCUGUCAGAAGGCAAAUGGAUGUUCGGGCCGUUCAUGUGCAAUGUAUACAACAGCUUGGAUGUUUACUUUUCCACCGCGAGUAUUUUGCAUUUAUGCUGCAUCUCGGUCGAUCGGUACUAUGCCAUUGUCCGGCCACUAGAAUAUCCACUCUAUAUGACAAAUCGUACUGUGUGCUUUAUGUUGGCCAAUGUUUGGAUACUACCGGCGCUCAUAUCAUUUACGCCCAUCUUUCUCGGCUGGUAUACAACGGCCGAGCAUCAGCGCGAAACCUUAUUGCAUCCGGAUCAGUGUUCAUUUGUGGUCAACAAGGCAUAUGCGCUCAUAUCAAGCUCGGUCAGCUUUUGGAUACCAGGCAUCGUUAUGCUUUGUAUGUAUUGGCGCAUCUACAAAGAAGCGGUGCGUCAACGUAAAGCUUUAAGUCGCACUAGUUCGAAUAUUUUAUUGAAUAGUGUACAUAUGGGACACACGCAGCAUUCGACUAAUCUCAAUUAUUUGCAUCCAAGCGAUUGUGAAUUUAGUGCAACGAUGGGACGUGAAGAAACACAUAGCGCAAUAAGCAAUUUCGAGGAUAUACUGCCACAAACAACAGACGAUGACGACGAUAAAGACGACUGUGAUGAACUACGGGUACCAGCACCACCCCGACGGCUAAGCCGUAGCAGUAUCGAUUUGCGCGACUUAGAGCUGGAGCGUUACGAGAAGGUCACUCAUACCGACAGCGCGCCCUCUAUGAUCGCACUACACUACGCUACACAACAGCAACAAAAUAUUGAUGAUGGCACCACCAUCAAUCCACAAAUAUGGACAGAAGGCCUGGCAGAUCUGCAACAAUCUGUUUACAUCACUAAAAGAUCAGCCUCUCCAAUCAACUCACACAGCAGCUCGCCAAAGCAUUCACCCAGCCAACGCCAAAGCUCUAGCAGUAAGCAUUCCCAAAAAACGCAGCAGAAAAGUUGUGAUUCCGAGCAACAUCAACAAGUGUUUGGCAUGCUAAGCGAUGACAGUGAGCCGAAUGACUAUUACGAUAGUGCGAAGCAUUUGAAAGCUAAGCAUCAGCAGUUGCAAGCGCCAGCAACUUGCCUGCCCAUUGCGGAGGACAACAAGGAAUUGAAGCGUCUCAUAGAAGACAACUAUUUGUACUUCAAGAAGCAAACGGGUGGACAGGAUGCAGGUGAACAGGAUGGCCAACAGGCAUCAAGUAGCGGCAAAUUUCCAGCACGUAGUGAAACUGAUUUCAUUAAGAUGAAAAAUGGACGCAACUACAGUCGUAGUAGUGGCAGCAGCGACGGAAGUGGAAAGAAACCGUUUGCUCUCAGCGAUUCUGAGUUCCUCAAAACCAUGGCAGACUCCAGAAAUAAGCGAAAGCAGCUGGAGUCGCUUAAAGAAGGUGUUGUGAAGGAAGGGAAAGAAAAAGAGAAAGAGAAAGAAAAGGAGAAAGGAUUCACAUUCAAGGGACUGCUGGCGAAGACCAAACGGUCGAGUACAGAGUGCUUCUCAAUCGAAAAGAAGCGUCAUCAGGCUAAUUCCGAGGAAAUACGCAGCAGUCGCGCACAGCUAUUCCGUCGUUCACGCAAUCGUAAGCUGUCCCAUAGUUACAAUGGUGGUAUGAGUCGUAAGCAGGAGGUACGUUCACGCCAACACAGUGACACAGACUCAGAGGCGGGUUUUGUUUAUUUCUCAUACAUAAGUACCAUGGGUGAAAGUCAAGAAAGUUCUGCAACGCGCUACAACACGCCCGACAUUUUGCUCGACAUCAAUGUGCUAAACGAUGACGACCCCAUGAAGGACAACACUUCAGUAAAAACACACGAGUUCGAUAUAACCACCUCGCCACACGGGCACAACAACAGCUCUGUACAGCUCAUCGACUUGGGCGAGUCACAAGAAGUUGCUUUCAGCGGCUCAGAAGACUUCUCACAGUAUACCGACUGCCUAACAGAAUCACCGCACAUACCGGCUACGCCGCCGCCAUCACUAUCGCCUUCCUCACUAGCUGAGCCCAUAGUUCCUGAACAGCUGCUCCACCAGCAGCCCACUCAAUGCGCCAUUGAACUGCCGGAGAAAAGUAAUAUUCUCAUUACCUCGCGCACUGACCUCGUCGAGCUCUUCCGCUCACUAAGUUUUCCCAUCGCUGAGCUCGGGCCCACCACUAUUGACUCGCCACAUCGCAAAUACCACUCAUCAUCCAACUCCACCGAAUCUAAGUCUGGCAAGUCAGCAAAACAGAUUAAACAACGCCUAAGCACACUCAGUGAUCAAAUAUUAGUUACGAAAAAUAGCACCAACUUUCUUAUAUCCCCACCGGCAACACCAAAUUUCAAUUCCGCACAAAACCUACCGACCACUAAAUCAACUGCUUACUCCAGUGCGCCAAGCAACACGGUCAACGUAUACUUUCUUUCACCGCCACCCACAGCAACAUUGCCGCCAUUCUCAAGCAGCUCACCAACAAGCAACCCAUUCACCAGCGACACGUCUACGGUAUCCUUGGACGUGCUCACCGCACUAACAGUGCCACCACCUCAAAUUCAACAGACCUUGGCCAUGCACGCGACACCGCAAGGGUUGCAAGGUAAAUCGCCGAAACCAGAAAUCAUACUUGAUUCCACACUCUCGCCCACCUCGUUACACGGCGGGAAUAAUGGCGAUAUUGAUGGAGGUGAUGGGGGUGAUGGUGGUCUGCUGACCAGCGAAGAGAAGGAGUUAACUUUGCCAUUAUUCAAAAGUCACGACAGCGAACCAGAAACCACCUCGACAACGACGGCACAAGCAGGACGUCAUCGUGGCAGUAUACUGACUGGAGGUGGCGUCAUAUAUGACGGCAACGGUGGCCAAUCGUUGCGCAAACGUCAGGCCUCGGUGGUGACGUACGAUGUUAAUGUCAUCAAUUUUUCACAGGACAACAACGAUAGUCGCAGUUACAUACCAAUGGGUCGUGUAUCGACCAGUUCGGCAAAGCCACUGCGGCCAACCGAAGUUGAUUUCUCACAAAAGUCGUCGCUAAAACGACGCGGUGGCAUUUGCAUAUUUGUCGAUGAAGAAGAGGCCGUUAAUAUGAUUGAGCAAAAGACUGGUAAUGGCAGCCAAGCCAAAUGCAUCACCUUCGAUACUGUGAACGUCGGCUACGAGAGCACCGAUAUGGCCAACACGAAAGUCAUUACAACGGCAGGCAAGUGCCAAUUAUGCGGCGCCAAUAUGCAGUCGCAAUUACGCCUACCAGUUCCCGGCGGCCAGGGACAAGGUCAUAGCCAAAGUGGCAAACGUUUUUGGCACACGAAUCGUUGGUGGCACAAAAGAAAGAAUCGUCAUCAGAGGUCGACGCGAUGUCAGUGCGGCGCUACUGGCGGUUCAGUACGACCGACAAAAGGCUGGAAGGCCGAACAUAAAGCUGCGCGUACUCUAGGCAUCAUAAUGGGAGUAUUUUUACUCUGCUGGCUGCCAUUUUUUCUAUGGUACGUAAUAACUUCUCUCUGUGGUCCCGCCUGUCCCUGUCCCGAUGUGGUCGUCGUUGUACUAUUUUGGAUUGGUUACUUCAACUCGACCCUGAAUCCGCUCAUCUAUGCCUAUUUCAAUCGUGAUUUUCGUGAAGCUUUCCGCAAUACACUCGAGUGUGUCAUACCCUGUUUGCGCAAACGCAAUCCCUACGAUGCCUACUAUGUGUAG